AUGAGAGUGCAAUUAGAUAUGACUAGAGUAACUCAAUGGACUCCAUCUUACAACAUAGCACCAACCAAUACUGCUUUGAUUGUUAUAGCCGAGGACGCGCCUAAAGGUUUUGAUUAUAAAUACGUGGUGGAGCCACUGAAAUUUGGUUUAGUCCCAUCAUGGUUAAAACCAAAUGAUCCAACUCCUGUUAGAGAAGGUAAAGAAACCGAGGGUGCAAAAUAUUCUCAAGAAAUUGGUAAGAAUGAAGCCAAGUAUUUCAAUUGUCGACGAGAAUCAUUAGACCAGAACAAGUCAGUCUGGAAUUCAGCCAAGAAGUACAGAUGUGUGAUCCCAAUUAAAGGGUACUUUGAAUGGUUAAAGGAAGAUAAGAACAAAAUUCCCUACUUUGUUCAUUCUAAGACAUCCCCUUUGUGUUUUCUAGCAGGGUUUUAUUCUCACAACUACCAUUAUACAGAAAAUACAAAUGUGAAGGAUCAAUAUUUGUCUACAUUUACAAUUAUCACUGCUCCAGCAGCAAAAGGAGAUGAAUUUGAUUUAUCUUGGUUACAUACAAGAAAACCAAUGUUGAUAAAACCAGGUUCACAGGAAUGGUUUGAAUGGUUGAAUCCAGAAAAAUCUUGGAACAAUUCCUUAAUUGGUGAUGCUCUAAAUUCAACUGCUAAUCAAGCAUACGAUAAUAUAUAG